AAGGGGAAAUAUUUCAAUCAUUUGAAAUUUGGUAUGAAAGUUUAAUUUGCGAAAUUGUUUCGCGGAAAUAUUCGUAAUUUUAUGUUCUAUACUUUUUGUUGCUUGGCGUUAUAGUUACAGUUAUAACGGUGAUUACAAAUAAUUUAACUGGUUCGUGUAAAAGAUGGAAACCAAAUUGGAUGUUUGUAAGAAUGCUGGGAACCGCCAGAAGGAUAAAAAGGAGAAUGGUACGCACCCACGUGUUGAACCGGAGCAUGCCUUGGAAGCGAAGCAUCGGCGUUUACGUGAACUUGCUGAAGUGGUGCGAACAAAGUACUACGAGGCUUACCGCCAAAUGGUUUCGGAAUUGAGCCCUUCACACAUAGAUGAGUUCGCUGCAGUUUUAAGAGACUGCCAGAAGCAUGUGGUUCAAAAUCAGGAUGAGUUAACCAUUGAAAUUAGAGAGCAGUUGAUGCGCAGCCUCCAGAGUUCCUUAGAUCGAUUUUGGGAGGAAUAUUCUAUUUCAAACCGGAUAGCUGAGUUGGAAAUGUUAAAAGAGCAGUAUAAACAGUUUGAAGGGAAAGAAUGGAAUAUCCAGCAAAUGAAUCCAUUCCAAAGGACUUUACCCGUACGCAUGCGUUUUAAGGAACUUAGAUUACAUCACUUGGAAAAACAACUCGCGCACCAAGAUCUUCAACUGGAGACCUUAUUGCAGAUAAAUCUCAGAGAGCGGGCUCGUAUUAACUACAUGGAACAGUUAAGAAAAUCUAUGCUAAUGCGUUUGGAGCGUUACAGUAAAUAUAUGGAGCAAACGAAGUCAGAAGUCAAAAGCAUGACAAGUGAUUUGAUUGAUGAUUUCGAAAAGGACUUGAUUUUGAAAUAAAUAAAAAAGCGCAUUAUA